AUGGGAUCCGUUGUUAUUCCUCACCUUGUCACCGCCUGGCAUGUGGAUCAAGCCAUCCUCACCGAGGAGGAGCGCCUAGUCGUCAUCCGCUUCGGUCGCGACUGGGAUCCCGACUGCAUGCGCCAAGAUGAGGUGCUCUACAAAAUCGCGGACCGUGUCAAGAACUUCGCCGUCAUCUACGUCUGCGAUCUUGACCAAGUUCCCGACUUCAAGCAGAUGUACGAGCUGUACGACCCUAUGACUCUGAUGUUCUUCUUUCGCAACAAGCACAUGAUGUGUGACUUUGGCACGGGCAACAACAACAAGCUCAAUUGGGUACUCGAGGACAAGCAGGAGCUCAUCGACAUCAUUGAGACCAUCUACAAGGGUGCAAAGAAAGGGAGGGGUCUGGUGGUUUCUCCGAAGGAUUACUCUACUCGCUACCGGUACUGA